ACAACUGGAAUUCAUCAAAUUGAACAAUUUUUCUUAUGCCGAGUCCGGUUGAGCACCAAAACAUAGCUUCCGGAACAUAUGAAGGUCGCAUUGCAUUACACGUCGGCUAUUGGGAUGCAGUGGUGGGGAGAUGUGAUUAGAGGAGUGAAGUUGUAAUAAUUUCUAUCCUUCCUUUCUAGUGCAGAGAAGUGCUGUUGCUAGGCGCUAGCGUAUUUAUGAACAAUACAGGAACGUUGUUGGUGACGUAAACGAAGUUCAUGUCCUCUAGACUUUAUCGAAGAGUUCAUGCCACUACACACCUCCCGGCGUUGACGUAGCCAGUGGGAGUGGUUCCAGUAAGCCAUUGUAAAAAUAUGUCACGGUUAUCUAUUUUUGGUUACCCCUUGCGUGACAAUUUAACUGGUGGUUUGUUAUGAGAUGCCGGCUUUUUAUGAAAUACAUUAUUUUACCUUCAUUCCUGUGGUGCAUCAAGUGUUAAACCCUACUGUUACUUUUCGAUAAGUGUCUGACGAGAAUCCGUGUGGUGGGUUCACUCGAACCAAAUGGUAAUGAAGAUGGCAACUGUGAGGUUAAGUUGUCAGGAUAGAAAGGAUUUAGAGAAAUUUACUAAAUUUCUUGCCCUGAAGGCUGCUCAAAUUAUUGUUCAGUCUCGGUUAGGAGAAAAAGUUCAAUCUAAAUGUAAACCUCAUUUAUCAGGAACAGAUUGGUUCAAUCUGGCAAUUCAAGAUCUUCCUGAAGUACAUGCAGAAGCGAAGAAAGCGUUAUGUGGUGAUUUAGUCAAUGCACAUCUUCCUAUGUGUGUUGAAAUAUCAUUAAGAACUGUUGAAGGCGAUACUAUGAUGUUGGAAACAUGGAGUCUUGGUGUACUUCCCGAUCAGUGUGAUCCUUCGGUGCGAGUCACAUAUACAGUUUACAAUCGGAUGUGUGUUUUGUUGAAAUCUUUGCUGUCUGUAACAAGAGUUACACCAGCUUACAAGUUGUCCCGUCGUCAAGGACCUGACUCUUAUGUCAUUUGCUAUCGCAUUUACAUGGGAGAGCCACAGUUACAUAAUCUCGGUGAAGGGUACAACCAAGUUCGUGUUGGCCAGCUAUGUACACCUGUAGGUACAAUACAGCUCUCUGUAUCUUUUCGAACUAAAAUGACAAUAUCACCUCAACACACUGGUAAAGACACCUCAAUAAUGUUGAAAAGCGAUCACUUUCAUCCCGAUUUGAGUCCUCGUCACAUGCGUUAUCAGCAAAGUGAAGAAAACAACACCUCUCUCACUGAAACAAUUAAAAUUGGUGCAUUUGCAGACAAUGUUAAACCAUUGACCCAACCAGGAGAAUCAGAUCUUGUUAUGCCCAACAUCCCAUUCAGUAGCCUACUGACCCCCCAACAUCAAUCUCCUCGCCAGCAUACACCACCUCAGCAAGCACCGUCCCAACCAAGCAGUGCGGUUACAAACCCCGAGACUGGGAGUGGUGAAGAAGCAGAGGAUGAUGGCAAUGGCAAUGCAACUCCCCGUUGCGCUUCUGCUGCCGAUUCUCGACGCUCCAGUUGUUCCAUGGUGUCUGCAAAUGAAGACUUCAUUAUGGUAGACUUGAAAACUCCGUUUGCUGGAAAUAAUGCAAACAGUGAUUUAGGGGCUUUCUACAGAGAUUGUCAAAGUGCUCCGCAAUUGAAGACUUUUUCUGAACAGCCUACUCUUGCAGAGCAGGUGGAAGACAUUACAAAAACUCUGGAAGCAUUUGAAAGUAAUAUGAGAGAAUAUGAUGAUAUGUUAAACUCAUUAUGCUUGAAUGAAAACAACAACUAAAGUUUCUCAAAGUGAACAUAUUUGUCUUAUGAAAGACUGAACACAUUGCUGACUAUGGUAUGAAAUCUAGAAUACGAAUCUAGAAAGGUUCAUGGCAGUUAAUUGUUUUUUUAGAAAUAGAAAAACCCAGAACUGCCUUAAUGGACAAAGAGAAAAAUCUUUCUGCUUACUGUACAAUUGAUCACUGGCACAUGAAUGAGUGAAGAUAUAAUUUUCAACUCUAGAUAAAACACUCUUCUAGUGAUGGAUUAUUAGAUCUUUUUUAAUAAUAACAUCAGUGAUAAUGUAUUCUUCAGCACAUAUAUUUGGGGUAUGAAGUGUUUGGUCAUUACUUUUCUUCAAAAAUAUUUUCAUUUUUGGUUUACACUCCAGUCUUGUGAAGAUCCCUUGUGUAAUGCCAUUUAAUGACUUUGCAAACUCCCCAUCUCUUGAAAUCAAGUGUCAAGGCAGAAAUUAAUAAUUGAUUUAUUGGCAGUUUAAUUUUAUCCCACUUGUCGUUUUAUAUACAUAUUAUCACAUAUAAAUAUGUAUACCAAAGAUUUAAACCUAUCAUUUAAUGAUACAACAUGAGAGGUAGUGCAUGUUGUUCCGUUUAUUCAUAAUGUGCAUCUCUGUAUGGGCUGUUAAAGAGAAAUUUUAAAUCUGGAUUCGCUUGUGAAAAAAGAAGAAAAAAAUUAAUAUAAUAUGUGGGUUAUUUGGGUGGAGGGAAAAUUGUCUUUGCUAAACUACGAAACGAUGUGUAUAUGAAGUUAGAAUUUGUUGCUACAAGUGCAAAUCUUUAAAUUUUGAAACAUUGACUAAUUCUGUUUUUAAUGUAUAACGAGCGCUCUCUAAGUAAUUUGGUGACCAAAUUGGCCAAAUCUUGGUAUACAUUUUCCAAAAUUAGUGUUUGUGACUGAGAUAUUCUUAGAACAGAUGCACUCUAAGCCAUGAAUUCGAAAUUCAGUCCUAAUAUUUCGAUCAUCAUGCUAUAUACUGAUUGAUUGAUCAUCAUGCUGAUACAUGUUUACUUGCUGUGCCUUGAAUUCAGUCAAUCAAAAUGACUUUUAAUAAAAUAUAUUUUUUUUAAAAAGAUUUUAUAAAUUGUUUUAAACUGACUAGAGGUAAACAAAAGUUUGUUGCAAUUGAUUCUUUUAAUUUAAAUUUACCUUGCCAUGUGGACAGCUUAUAGUCCAGUACUGGUAAAUUGACUUUUAUUGCUCUUAUUUCAGUUACUGUUUUUUAUUGGUUAUUGAUUCAUUAAUUGAAAAAAUGCAUAUGAAACGGCAAUUGUACAAGUGAACUUCAUAAGGCACAUGGAUGUUUUUGGAAUAUAAAGCAUAAAUUCAAAAUAUGAAAUAUCUUAUACAAUUACUUAGUUCUCAAAUUGUCAUUUAUAGGUUUAGAAAGUUAGGUUUUUGAAGAUAAAUAACCACCUAUUAAAUAUUGCUUAUAAUUUACAAUAAUGUGUUAUCAGCGUAGAUCAGCAAAAUAGGAAUUUGAAUGUGAUGACAUCCAAAAUUUUUUUGAUCGAUAAAUAUUCAUGGAAUUGCAAAGAAAUAAAUGUGAUAAAUUAUAUUUGAGUCUAUGCAAACCUUUGAAGAAUAUUAUAGUGAACAGAAAAAAUUACUAAAGCAGCAUGUUUGCAAUAUUGCAAAGUCAAGAAUUACUUCUUGCUAGCUUUUUUACUCAUAUGAUGAUUUCUUGUGAAUGAUGAUUUACUUACAUAAUCCAAUAAAAUGCAGAAAUUGUCACAAAGGCAGUGUCGUUUGUCACAAAGGUGGUGUUCACUGCAUCUCAACAGAGGAAUACAGAGGUUGGGUACUUUACUGCAGGAUUCACAAACUAAAAAUACAGUUAAAAAUCCAAUUGGUACUGCUCAUAUUUUUAACUAAAAGUGGAAGUUUGCAAACAUCGAAAAUUCUUUUCCUUUGAAAGUAUAUAGAACUCCAGGGUCAUGCAUAAUUUAUUUAUACAAAAACAACAAGAGAGAACUAGUAAUUUGUUCUUGUUAUUUAAAGAAAUUGUUUAAUUGUAUAAAGUUAAGUGCUGAAAACUUACUGUUAGAACUCACUCAUUUAUUAACUUGAAAUUAUGAAACUUCUGGUUCCUUGAUAUAGCAAUGGAUUUGGAAAGGUACUAAAGUUAAGUUUCAUUAUGGAUGUAUAUGGAUAUUAACAUGUUUUGCUUUUAUGAGAUAAUGAACUCCUGAUGAAAGACAUGACAAGAUCUAUGUUGUUGGAGGUUAAAGAUCGUCAUAGUCAUUUUUUAUAAUGUAAAAGAGACUGCCACCUAAAUGUUCCUGAGCUAAAUGGAAGAAUGAAUUACCAUUUAAAGUGAGCAAUUUGUGUGUAAAUGCAGUUAAAGUAGUAAUUUUAAUUUCUUUUUGAGAGCAAUUUUUAAAAAGUUUAGUUUGUACCUGAUAAAUUUAUGAAAUUUCUUCUAAAUAAUACACUGAAAAUACAUUGUGAAUUUUGGAAAACCUGGCCAUUACAACUAUUUAUAUAAAUGUCUGAUCUCGGUGAAUUUAGAAAAUUAAUUAGUUCCACUAAUGUAUAAAUGAGAUCAGAGUGUUUCUGUUGUUUUUUUUAACAGAGAUGACUGUUUAAUAUUAAACUGUAAAACACUCCAAUUUCUUUGUAUUGUGUCUGGAGAUAAGAAUUCUUAUGAAAUAUCAAGGCGCAUGUGUUCGGUGCUAAGCUUUUUAAAGAGUCUUUGAAAAGAAAUUCAGUUGUUUUUAACUUGUAUGCCAGAAGACUAAUUAUUCAGUGUUUUUAAUAAAGAAUGGUGAUCUUAGCAAUUAUUGUGUAUGCUUGGUUUAUGACUUGCAGUUUGAGUAUUGAUAAAUACACAUUCUCUUACAGUAGAAUUUGUGUGCUAAGGAAUUUUGUUGUUAAUGACUUAAUGCAGCAUAUUUUAAGAUUAUCUAUCCUUAAUCAGUGAAAAUAGUGAAGUUGAAUCACCACAGCUAAAAUUUUGUUUAAAAAUGCAUUUUAAUACUUUAUUCGUGGAUGUUUUUAAUAGUAUUAUUACAGAAAUCCCUCCAAGGAUAUAAAAAAUCAAGAACUAGGAAGAAAAUUAAUAAAUGAAGCUGCAUAAAGACUAAUACUUUUGAAUUAAUUUAAGUUUAUAUUUAAUUGCUGUCUGAAGAGAUUUUCUUCAAUGAAUGUAAAUUUGGAAUCGGUUUGUUUUAAUUCUACGAAAAACGUGUUUUGUGGAAGUCCUAAUGGAAAACUGUGAUGGUAGUGGUUACCUUCUUAUAAGGUAAGGAUAGAAUUGUUGCCAAGUUGUCAGAUACCCAUUUUGUAGUCAUUAAUUUUGUUUUGUAAAACGGUUCAUUUCUGUGCAAAUGCUGUUAUUUACCAAGAUAGAUGGUGAUAUUACCUAAUUAAACCAACGAUUAGAAUAACCUAUUCACAGUCAUUCCAAUUAUGAAAGAAUGUUUUUUGUAUGAAGGUUAAAAAAAUAAAGUUACAGAACUUACGUCUAUGCGACUUUAAUAUUCUCUUUUUGUAAAAUUAAGUGAAGAUGUCAUAGUGCUUUUUGCUGCUAGCGAUUUCUGGCAAAUUUGUAAAUAAUUGCGAGUUUAAGAUUUUUUUCAUAUUCUACUUCUUUUUACGUUAUGUUGGUCCUUACUAGUGUAUCAUUUUGGGGAAAAAACAAGAGAAAACGAGGAAUACUAGGCUGACUCAUUGAUUGAAAGGAUGGUCCAUUUGUUUUCUUUAAAACAAGCUGUGAUAGCUCACCAACAUUUCAAAAAUUAAAAAGUAAUUAUUAGGGAACAAUCUAAGUGAAGUUAUAGAGCUGCUGUGGUUAUAUUAUUUAAAUAGUUGACUGCAUUUUAGAACUAAUCUCUCAUCAAUAACUUUCAUUAACUUCUUUAUCUACAAUUCGUGUUCUAUAUGAAAUUAAUUGUUUUACUUCAUGGGUUUUGGGGAGGGUGAUCAGCCAGACAUUCCGUGGGCAAUAACGGGAACAGGAGAGAGGAAGGAAGAAGUGGGCCCAGUUGUGGCAAUUUGUUCUUAAAACCUGAAAUUGUUAACAAAAAAAACUUCCCCAUCACAAAUUCUCUUAGCAGCUGUUCAUUAUUUUCUUCCAGGCAGGAACUUCUUCACACCAGUCAUUUUAGGAGGUCCACCUCUGUUGAAACUAACCUAUGCUCUUCUUGGGUACAAAAAAAUAUUUUAAAUGUUGUGAGCACUUGCUUCAAUAUAGCCAAUUUAUUUUCUUGAAAUAAGAUAUUGUUUCUUGUCUCCCUUCCCAGUUUGUUUAUUGGUACUCAUAAAUAAAUCUGUUCUUGGUUUUCAAAAAAUACUGUAUUCAUUGUGUUGCUGUUGGCAAUUAGAAUAGUUCACAUUUAUUUUUAGAGUGUUAUUGAAAAUUUCUUCUUAAUAUUAUAUUUAGACAUUAUAACUUUUUUUUUAAGUUUUGAGAAUAUCUUACUCAGCAAAAGUCAAGGAAAUCAUUAAGACCUGUGUGUUAAUGAAAGAUAAUAAAGGUUCACAUGAUCCUAUGAUUAUUAAAAUAGUUAAUAUUUAUUGAGAAUUAUUUUCCUUUUACUGUUGCUUUGCAGAUUUUGUUUCUUCUUUAAAACAUGCUCAGGAGUCUAUAUAAAAGUAGAUCUAACCCAUCUUAAUCUAAAUCAAUGAGGAAUUAUUAUUAUUAUUAUUAUUAUUAUUAUUAUUAUUAUUAUUAUUAUUAUAAUUACGUGAAGGAUUCAAAAUAUAAUAGACACCUGUAUAAAAAUGUUAUGAAUUGAUAUGAAAAAAGAGGGAAAACUAUAAUGGUGUGAGAUUAGUUGAAAUUUAGAAUUUUUGUGUGGAACAUUUAUGACGUUUCAGCAUCGAAAUGAGUGUGAAGUUUAUGUGAGAAAAUUAACCAAAACACAGAAGGAGGCAACUUUUAGAAAUUGAAUAUAAUUAUAAAAUAUUGGUUCACUGACAGUGAUAAGUUUGCUAUUAAUAGGAAUGAUACAGUUAUAAUUGUAUGCACAUUAUUCCAUCAUUUCAUUUAAAAUGUAUAUUUAAUACAUAAGGUAUUGCUUAAUUUUUGUAGGCCUAUCAAAGAUGUUUUAUUUUACGUCUAUCAGUUUUUAAGGGCAGACUAUAUAUUUGUGUAGUUGUUUCAAAUUUUGCCAUUUGAUUGAUUUUACUUUUCUUGUAAUCAUUGACUCUUGUCAUCUUUCUUUAGCAAAUUUAGGCUGAAUUUUGAUGGGGAGCUACCUUAGAAUGAAACCUUUUUCUUGAUGUCUAUUCAGUUUCUACUCCAAUAUCUACUUUUUUUAUUGUCUCUAUGGACAUUUAUGUAUUCAUGAAGCAUCUAAUUUUUAUUUGCCGUAUGUGAUAUUUAUUAUGUUUUUAAUGAUUUUGAAAAAAGUAUUAGGUUCCCAUCAAUCUUACCUCUGAGAAUUUCCAUAAUACAGGGUCUUUAGCUUGGCUUGCACCCAUCUCUGAGAGCACUUGUUCUUGUUUUGGCAAUUUGGCAACCGCAUGUCUUUGACAGCCAUGCCUGACUCAUCAAAACAGCACAGUUGGAGGCAACCGUCAGGUCAUAAGCUGCAGCAACUUUCCUGUUUCUGUGUUAUUCUCAUUCAAGAGCUUAGGUGGGCAGAUACGCUGCUCACACACUGGAAGCGGCUGCGCGCUUUCGCGCUGUGCCGGGUGGGGUGGGCUGAGCAUGAGCAAGGAAACAAAAAGGUCUCUUUAGGCGAUUUGUUUCAGUAUACUUAAGGAACAAAACUGUAAAACUGAAGAUGUGAAGGGAAGUUAUGACUGUUUAUUGAUUUAUUAAUACCAACUUGACAAUAAUUAUUAUUUAAUGAAAGCAGGCUCAAAGAGAAAUUGGAAAGAUAUCGCAUGAAACAUUACCGCCAAGCUCUUCAUUAUUUAUAACAAUAAUAAUGUAUUAUUUUUAUGG